UCUCGGGGUGUGAGGUGGCACUGGGGGCACCAGCCAGGGAGGGGGCACUCCUCAGCGAAGUGCCAUGGGACACCCCCCCCGUGCUGAGGGUGCCGUGGGUGCCGUGGGAGGGGAUGCCGAGGGCUGUGCGGGACCCAAGGCAGUGGUGGCCACGCAGGGUCCUCGGGCAUCGCCUGGGGUUGCCCCGUGGGGAAUUGGGGGGGACUGGGGGGGACGGGGGGGGGGGGCAGCCCUGCCACCCACCCGCUCCAGCCUCUCCCCGCCUGGCCCGACCCUCGCUCGCUGCCCCUGGGGACAGAGUCCAGCGCCGGAGACGCCUCCCUGCCGCGGGCACGGGGCCAGCCUGGGCAGGAGCGGGUGCCGGCCGUGUGGGAUCGGGGAUGGCCGCCCAGGCCUCCCUCCCGGUCCUCAUCGGCAAGAAGCGGGAUGGCGAGCGGCUGGAGGAGGAGGAGAUCCAGAGCUUCGUCCGCGGCGUGACGGAUGGCACCGCGCAGCAGGGCCAGAUCGGUGCCAUGCUGAUGGCCAUCCGGCUGCGGGGCAUGGACGCGGCGGAGACGCUGUCGCUGACGCGGGCCAUGGCGGCCUCGGGGCGGGCGCUGGCCUGGCCCCCCGCCUGGCGGGGGCUGCUGGUGGACAAGCACUCCACGGGCGGCGUGGGGGACAAGGUCAGCCUGGCCCUGGCCCCCGCCCUGGCUGCCUGCGGCUGCAAGGUGCCCAUGAUCAGCGGCCGGGGUCUGGGCCACACCGGGGGCACGCUGGACAAGCUGGAGGCCAUCCCCGGCUUCCGCGUCUCCCAGAGCCCCGAGCAGAUGCAGAGCAUCCUGGAGCGGGUGGGCUGCUGCAUCGUGGGGCAGAGCGAGGAGCUGGCGCCGGCUGACCGGGUGCUGUACGGCCUGCGGGACGUCACCGCCACCGUCGACAGCCUGCCCCUCAUCACAGCCUCCAUCCUGAGCAAGAAGGCAGCGGAGCAGCUGUCGGCGCUGGUGCUGGACGUCAAGUUUGGGAGCGCGGCCCUGUACCCCACACCGGAGAGCGCCCGGGAGUUGGCCCAGAGCCUGGUGGCGGUGGGCGAGCGGCUGGGCAUCCGCACGGCGGCCGUGCUGAGCCGCAUGGACCAGCCGCUGGGCCGCCGCGUGGGCAACUCGCUGGAGGUGCUGGAAGCCCUGGAGUGCCUGGAGGGGGGGGGUCCCCCCGACCUGCGGGAGCUGGUCACCACCCUGGGGGGGCUGCUGCUGUGGCAGUGCGGGCUGGCCGGGGCGGCCGAGCGGGGCCGGGAGCGGCUGGGGCGGGCGCUGGACGACGGCUCGGCCCUGCGCACCUUCGAAGCCAUGCUGGGGGCGCAGGGGGUGCCCCCCGCCACCGCCCGACGCCUCUGCACCGGGACCCCCCCCCAGCGCUGCCAGGUCCUGGGGCAGGCAAGCGUCCGUGAGGAGCUGCCCGCGCCGCGGGGAGGCUGGGUGCAGCAGGUAGAAGCCCUGCCGCUGGCCCACGUCCUCCACGACCUGGGGGCCGGCCGGGCGCGGGCCGGGGACCCCAUCAACCCCCGGGUGGGCGCCGAGCUGCUGGUGGCCGUGGGGCAGCGCCUGCGGGAAGGCGAGCCCUGGCUGCGGGUGCACCACGACGGGGUCCUGGGCGCGGGGGGGCGCGGGGCCCUGCAGGCCGCCCUGCGCCUGGCCCCGGGGCCGCCCCCCGCCCCUCCGCCCCGACUGGCCGAGAUCAUCCUGCCCCCCGGACCCCCGGGCCCCCCGGCAGAGGCAGGGACCGCGGGGGCCCCCCCGGCCCGCCGGGACGGGCGGUGAAGCCGCGCUCCUGCCCGCUCCUGCCCGCUCCCGCCCGCGCCGGGCCGGCGUCACGUGGUCACGACCGCAUCGCCCCGCCCCCUCCCCGCGGUCACGGUCCCGCCGGGC